UUUUACUCACACAUUUAUAAGAUGAAAUAUUAACAUAAUUUCUAAUUAUUAUUUAUAUUUCUCUUGUUUAAAGUAGCCUCUAUUAAGGGAGUGGGCUUUAUCCCUCAAACGGAUUCCAGCCUAGCCUUCCUCAGGUUACUGAUUGCACAUUUUUGCAGUACCGUUGUUUUCAAAAAAUAUCCUAUAAUUGGAUUUCUCAAACCAAUGAACUAGUAACAACGUAUGCUAAAUGUUUUGGCACUCACACUGUACAUUUAUACUUUGAAAUUCGGGCUUCCCAUACCAACAGAUAUUUAUUUUGGUGUUGAUAUUGAUGGUACAUUUUAUGUAGAAGAUCCUGAAAAAUUUAAGAAUAACAUCGAGGCUUUUAAAAACCUGAAAUCGAAGAAUAUCGUUCCCUUUUUCUGUACAGGUAGGGUUCGUCUUAGUGCCAUGAAGGUUGUCGGUGAUGACUUUCAGGGUGAGACUGGAUACAACGGCUAUCCUGGUGUUUAUGCCAAUGGAGCACUGGUUUACGACUCUGAUGGAAACAUAAUAAGUCAUUCACAUUUUUCUGAAGAAUUUCUCAGAAAAUUUGUAAAAUACAUUAUCGACAAUAAUCUGGAUGACAUCACAAUUUUUAAAGGAGCCGAUAAGUUCUUUAUUAUCAAAGAUUUAAGUCCGGUUUAUAUUGACCGCAAGAACGAAACAACCGUGACGAAUAUAGAGAAAAUCACACCCGAUGAGCUUUACAACAAAAAAAUAAUCAUCAUAAACACCAACAAUAUUCCGAAUCCCACCGAAUUAACGACUUUGUUUGUUGCAAAGGUUUCAACAAACGGGAAAACAUUCCAUUUUUUCCCAGAAGAGGUUUCCAAAGAACAUGGAACCAAGAAGCUUUUAGAGCAUCUGAACCUGGAUUUCAAUAAUUGCUCAUUUGUUGGUAAUGGGAAUAAUGACAAGGAAAUUAUGAAAUCAUGCAAAUUUUCAUAUGCAGUCGAAGACGCUGUAGAUGAAGCAAAACAAGCUGCCAAGAAGGUUUUAACAAAGAAACAUGACGACGGAGGAUUUAUAGAGGCCGUUGAAUCAUUAUCUAAUGAUAUGGGAAAGCCAAAACAAGGUAUGCCUGUGGCAGAACUUGGUGAAUCAUAUACCUAAAUAUUUUCUAAUAAUGAA